CCUGCCCGGCGCGGCUUAGAGGACGCGGCAGGCGGGAAGUCCCGGCCGCCAGCGGGAGGGCUUUCUUCGCGGGGCCGCGGCCGCCUGUCGCCGCCGCGGGCCCGAGCUGGAGCGGCGGGGUGGGCGCCCCGACAUGGCGGCCCGGAGCGCCCCGAACUGCCACCUGCGGCUCGAGUGGGUGUACGGCUACCGGGGCCACCAGUGCCGCAACAACCUCUACUACACGGCGGCCAAGGAGAUCGUGUACUUCGUGGCGGGCGUCGGCGUGGUGUACAGCCCGCGGGAGCAUCGACAGAAGUUCUACCGGGGCCACAGCGACGACAUCAUCAGCCUUGCAUUGCAUCCUGAACGAGUAUUAGUAGCAACAGGACAAGUUGGGAAAGAGCCUUAUAUCUGUGUUUGGGAUUCAUACACUGUGCAGACCAUAUCAGUUCUAAAGGAUGUUCAUACACAUGGUAUAGCCUGUUUAGCAUUCGACUUAGACGGACAGCGCUUGGUUUCAGUUGGACUUGAUUCAAAGAAUGCAGUUUGUGUUUGGGAUUGGAAGAGGGGAAAAAUGUUAUCUAUGGCUCCUGGUCACACAGAUAGAAUAUUUGAUAUCUCUUGGGAUUUGUACCAGCCAAAUAAACUUGUCAGCUGUGGUGUAAAACAUAUCAAGUUCUGGAGUUUAUGUGGAAAUGCUCUGACCCCAAAACGAGGGGUCUUUGGUAAGACUGGCGACCUUCAAACAAUUUUGUGCCUGGCCUGUGCAAGGGAUGAAUUAACAUAUUCUGGUGCACUUAAUGGGGAUAUAUAUGUUUGGAAAGGAAUCAAUCUUAUAAGGACAAUACAAGGAGCCCAUACUGCAGGAAUUUUUAGUAUGAAUGCUUGUGAAGAAGGCUUUGCUACUGGUGGCAGAGAUGGCUGUAUUCGUCUUUGGGAUUUAACUUUUAAACCGAUUACUGUGAUUGAUCUCAGGGAAACAGACCAGGGAUACAAAGGGUUGUCUGUGAGGAGUGUUUGUUGGCGAGGUGACCAUAUUCUAGUUGGAACACAGGACAGUGAAAUUUUCGAAAUUGUGGUGCAUGAAAGAAAUAAACCUUUCCUAAUUAUGCAAGGACAUUGUGAAGGUGAACUUUGGGCACUUGCUGUCCAUCCUACAAAACCUUUGGCUGUGACUGGAAGUGAUGAUCGUUCAGUCAGGAUAUGGAGCCUAGUAGAUCAUGCACUAAUAGCAAGGUGUAAUAUGGAAGAACCAAUUCGUUGUGCAGCUGUAAAUGUAGAUGGAAUCCAUCUUGCCCUUGGAAUGAAGGAUGGCUCAUUCACUGUACUUAGAGUAAGAGAUAUGACCGAAGUUGUACAUAUUAAAGAUAGGAAGGAGGCAAUUCAUGAGUUAAAAUACUCACCAGAUGGAACUUACCUUGCUGUUGGGUGUAAUGACAGCUCAGUUGAUAUCUAUGGUGUUGCUCAACGUUAUAAAAAAUUGGGGGAAUGUGUUGGAUCACUUAGUUUCAUCACUCAUCUGGACUGGUCCUCAGACAGUAGAUAUUUACAGACAAAUGAUGGAAAUGGGAAAAGACUUUUUUAUAGAACACCAGGAGGAAAAGAAGUGACAAACAAAGAAGAAAUAAAAGGUGUUCAUUGGGCUUCAUGGACAUGUGUUUCAGGCCUUGAAGUAAAUGGAAUUUGGCCCAAGUAUUCAGAUAUCAAUGACAUAAAUUCAGUAGAUGGAAAUUAUAUUGGCCAAGUUUUAGUUACAGCUGAUGAUUAUGGAAUUAUAAAAUUAUUCCGAUAUCCUUGUUUGAGAAAAGGGGCCAAGUUUAAAAAAUACAUUGGCCAUUCGGCUCACGUAACUAAUGUCAGAUGGUCACAUGACUAUCAGUGGGUUAUUUCUAUUGGUGGAGCAGAUCACUCUGUCUUUCAGUGGAAAUUUAUUCCUGAAAGAAAACUAAAAGAUGCUCUUCACAUAGCACCCCAAGAAAGUCUGGCUGACUCUAAUAGUGAUGAAUCAGAUUCAGAUCUGUCUGAUGUUCCAGAGCUGGAUUCUGAAAUUGAACAAGAGACCCAGCUUACCUACCGUCGGCAGGUUUACAAAGAAGAUCUACCUCAGCUUAAAGAACAGUACAAGGAGAAACAAAAAAGUGGUACUUCUAAAAGAAGAGAGCGGGCUCCAGGAAAUAGUAUUCGAUUACACUUUGUUCAUGGUUACAGAGGUUAUGACUGUCGAAGUAAUCUGUUUUAUACUCAGAUUGGUGAAAUCGUAUACCAUGUAGCUGCAGUGGGUGUCAUUUACAAUCGGCAGCAGAACACACAGCGCUUUUACCUGGGUCAUGAUGAUGAUAUUCUCUGCCUAGCUAUUCAUCCUUUGAAAGACUAUGUGGCAACAGGGCAGGUAGGUAGAGAUCCCUCAAUUCACAUAUGGGAUACAGAGACCAUUAAACCAUUGUCAGUAUUAAAGGGCUGUCACCAAUAUGGUGUCUGUGCUGUUGAUUUCUCAGCUGAUGGGAAACGUUUGGCUUCAGUUGGAAUAGAUGAUAGUCACACUAUUGUGCUGUGGGACUGGAAAAAAGGAGAGAAACUUUCAAUAACAAGAGGAAGUAAAGAUAAGAUUUUUGUUGUAAAGAUGAACCCCUACGUGCCUGAUAAAUUAAUUACAGCUGGAAUUAAACACGUGAAAUUUUGGCGUAGAGCAGGAGGAGGACUGAUUGGAAGAAAAGGCUAUGUAGGCACACUGGGGAAAAAUGACACGAUGAUGUGUGCAGUGUAUGGAUGGACGGAAGAGAUGGCUUUUUCUGGAACAUCCACAGGAGACGUGUGUAUUUGGAGAGAUGUGUUUCUUGUGAAAACAGUUAAAGCACAUGAUGGGCCAGUGUUUAGUAUGCAUGCAUUGGAAAAAGGAUUUGUAACUGGAGGAAAAGAUGGUGUAGUAGCUCUUUGGGAUGACUCCUUUGAAAGAUGUCUCAAGACCUAUGCUAUCAAAAGAGCUGCUUUGGCACCAGGAUCUAAAGGUCUUCUCUUGGAAGAUAACCCAUCUAUACGUGCCAUAUCAUUAGGACAUGGUCAUAUUUUAGUUGGCACAAAGAAUGGUGAAAUACUAGAAGUGGAUAAAAGUGGCCCAAUAACACUUCUGGUCCAGGGACACAUGGAAGGAGAGGUGUGGGGUUUGGCUACACAUCCUUAUCUGCCCAUCUGUGCUACUGUAAGUGAUGAUAAAACCUUAAGAAUAUGGGAUCUCUCUCCUAGUCAUUGUAUGUUGGCUGUCCGGAAACUGAAAAAGGGUGGAAGAUGUUGCUGUUUUUCUCCUGAUGGUAAAGCUUUGGCUGUAGGUCUGAAUGAUGGAAGUUUCUUAAUGGCAAAUGCAGAUACUCUAGAGGAUCUUGUGUCUUUUCACCACAGAAAAGAUAUUAUUUCAGAUAUUCGAUUUUCACCAGGUUCUGGGAAAUAUCUUGCAGUAGCAUCCCAUGACAGUUUUAUAGAUAUAUACAAUGUGAUGAGUAGUAAACGAGUAGGAAUAUGCAAAGGCGCUACCAGUUACAUAACCCAUGUUGAUUGGGAUAUUAGAGGAAAGCUUUUACAGGUCAACACUGGUGCUAAAGAACAGUUAUUCUUUGAAGCUCCCAGAGGGAAAAAACAAACUAUCCCCAGUGUGGAGGUAGAAAAAAUUUGUUGGGCAUCAUGGACAAGUGUGCUUGGUUUAUGCUGUGAGGGAAUUUGGCCAGUAAUUGGAGAAGUCACAGACAUAACUGCCUCUUGCCUCACCAGUGACAGAAUGGUCCUAGCUACUGGGGAUGAUCUGGGAUUUGUGAAGUUAUUUAGAUAUCCUGCUAAAGGAAAAUUUGGAAAAUUUAAGAGGUAUGUGGCCCAUAGUACACAUGUCACAAAUGUUCGCUGGACUUAUGAUGAUAGCAUGUUGGUCACCUUAGGAGGUGCAGAUAUGUCUUUAAUGGUUUGGACAAAUGAAAUGGAGGGCUAUCAAGAAAAAAGGCCUUGUGAUAGUGAAGAAUCUGAUACAGAUUCGGAAGAAGAUGGGGGCUAUGACAGUGACGUUACAAGGGAGAAUGAAAUCAGUUACACCAUUAGAGCCUUAUCAACAAAUAUUCGCCCAAUGUUUGGAGUCAAGCCUCAUUUGCAGCAAAAAGAACCCUCAGUUGAUGAGAGGCAGGGGGUAGUAAGAGGUUCCAGGCCCCCCGUGAGCAGAGCCCCACCAAGGCCAGAAAAACUCCAGACAAACAAUGUUGGCAAGAAAAAGAGACCAAUAGAGGACCUUGUGUUGGAGCUUGUUUUUGGCUAUCGAGGAAGAGACUGUAGGAAUAAUGUUCACUAUCUGAAUGAUGGUGAUGAUAUAAUUUAUCACACUGCAUCCGUUGGAAUUCUGCACAAUGUAGCUACAGGGACUCAGAGUUUUUAUCAGGAACAUAAUGAUGAUAUACUGUGCCUCACUGUAAAUCAGCAUCCCAAAUUUAUCAACAUAGUGGCAACUGGCCAAGUAGGUGAUUUAGCAGACAUGUCAGCUACAGCUCCUUCCAUCCACAUCUGGGAUGCAGUGAACAAGCAGACUUUAUCUGUACUGAGAUGCUACCAUUCAAAGGGGGUGUGUUCAGUCAGCUUCAGUGCUACUGGAAAGCUAUUGCUGUCUGUGGGGCUGGACCCAGAACACACAGUUACUAUCUGGAGAUGGCAGGAAGGUACCAAAAUUGCCAGCAGAGCUGGUCACAACCAACGUAUUUUUGUGGCCGAAUUCCGACCAGAUUCAGAUUCCCAGUUUGUCUCUGUGGGAGUCAAACACGUGAAGUUCUGGACACUGGCAGGAAGGGCUCUUCUUAGCAAAAAAGGGCUCCUGAGCACAGUGGAAGAUGCCCGGAUGCAGACCAUGCUUGCUGUUGCAUUUGGUGCAAAUAACUUGACGUUUACAGGUACUAUCAGUGGAGAUGUCUGUGUGUGGAAAGAUCACAUUUUGUGUAGAAUCGUGGCCAGAGCUCACAACGGGCCUGUGUUUGCCAUGUACACCACGCUGCGGGACGGCCUUAUUGUAACCGGCGGCAAGGAAAGGCCGUCAAAAGAAGGAGGAGCAGUCAAACUGUGGGAUCAGGAGCUGAGGCGAUGCCGCGCCUUCAGGCUCGAGACCGGACAAGUCACUGACUGUGUUCGUUCUGUGUGCAGAGGCAAAGGCAAGAUCCUAGUUGGGACAAGAAACGCAGAGAUCAUCGAAGUUGGAGAGAAAAAUGCAGCAUGUAAUAUUCUAGUUAAUGGCCAUGUGGACGGACCCAUUUGGGGACUGGUGACACAUCCUUCCCGGGAUUUUUUCCUUUCUGCUGCGGAAGAUGGGACAGUGAGACUCUGGGAUAUUGCUGAUAAAAAGAUGUUAAACAAAGUGAAUUUGGGACAUGCUGCCCGUACCGUGUGUUACAGCCCUGAAGGGGAUAUGGUGGCUAUUGGAAUGAAAAAUGGAGAAUUUAUUAUUUUACUGGUGAGCUCUCUAAAAAUAUGGGGAAAGAAGAGAGACAGACGGUGUGCGGUCCACGAUAUCAGAUUUAGUCCAGAUUCCCGGUUUCUGGCAGUGGGCUCUAGUGAGAACUCAGUGGAUUUUUAUGACUUAACAUUGGGCCCCACCCUUACCAGAAUCAGCUACUGCAGGGACAUUCCCAGCUUCGUCAUUCAAAUGGACUUCUCUGCAGAUAGCAGGUAUCUCCAGGUCUCCACUGGUUGUUAUAAACGACACGUUUAUGAAGUGCCUUCAGGAAAACCUGUUACGGAUCAGGCCACCAUGGAUAGGAUCACUUGGGCUACAUGGACUAGUAUUCUAGGGGAUGAAGUUAUGGGGAUCUGGUCCAGACACACUGAGAAAGCCAAUGUCAACUGUGCCUGCGUAUCUCAUUCAGGAAUCAGCCUUGUAACAGGAGAUGACUUUGGCAUGGUUAAGUUAUUUGACUUCCCGUGUUCUGAAAAAUUUGCAAAGCACAAAAGGUUCUUCGGUCAUUCACCUCAUGUGACAAAUAUUCGAUUUACCAGCGGUGAUCGGCAUGUUGUUAGUGCUGGAGGUGACGACUGCAGUUUAUUUGUCUGGAAAUGUGUACAUAUGCCUCACUGAAAGAUAUGGACGCCGAGAAGACUCUAUAUAAAUUAACAGCCUUGAGAGACCAGAAUUACAGAAGAGAAAACAAAACAAAACAAGAACCAAACCUUGCAUGGGCAAGUGGUGCUAAUUUAGGAUUGUAACAGGGAUAAAUGCCCAGAGUCAUCCAAACAGAAGAGAGAUAAAUUCAAAAUAUUUGCUGUAUGCACUGGAUAACUGUCCAUAAUCCAUACACUGCCAGACAAUUACUUUACAAAAGGAUUGAAUAAAGACUUGGUGAAAGGCAGCCCCUCAUUCUGGGGGAGUGUGCAAACUUGGCAGACCUGCUAGGGAGGCUUAGGGGACAGCACCUUUCAAAAAACAAAACCUUAAAAACCCAGGUUGCUUAAUUUUCAUCCUCUCUUUAGCAAAACUGUUUUUCUUUUUUAGGAUUUACAUUUUAUUUUCAAGGUUCAUUAUUUAAUGACUUAUUUUAUCCUUGUGUUUACAUAAGGAAAGGAAACACACCAUCACCCUAAAGGAUCACAGUUUUUAAAUGGCAAACAUUAUUUUCCCUAAUGAAACACACACACGCUUUACUGGAGAAGAUAAUGCUACUUAAGCAUCGAUAAACCUCUUUUUUAAUAAAUGACAUUUUUUUCCCUGGCAGUUUCACAUUCAGGAACAAAUCCCAAGUUAAUAGUAUAUGAUAACUACAUUUUCAUUUUUGAGCUGUUGAUCCUUUUCAGAAGUCAUCUCUAUAACUGAAAAAUUAAAACAUGAUUAUAGCCUCAUGACUGAAAAAGUAGUAUGAGAAGAGUCCUUUCCAGUGGUGUACAGGUUCAAGUUUUAGACAGCAAUAGUAUUUAACCGGGAGAGCAUACUGAAUAUUUAAAGAUGUAGUGUAAUAGAAACACUUGUUUAACAUGUAGACUGAAGUGUUCAACAUCACAUUUACAAAGCUAAAUAAUUUAGUAGCUCUUGAAAUAAAAUUUUUGUAGCUUUUUUUUCUACUGGAAAAGUUAUUCAUUAGAUGUAUGCCACCCCAUUAGGCUGACUUCCAAAAGGAAUGAAUACAGGUCCACUUGUAAAACGUGUCCAUUAAAGUUCCUUUUUGGUGGAAUAGGGCUUAACUCUUAGAUAUUUAUCCCUAUUCACUUUAAUGCUGCCAAAGACCAGUACCUGCCGUUCAGGAAUUUGCUGUUUAGCCUGUCCAUAGUUUCCUAAAGAUGGGAGAUUAUGUAGAUUACUACUUAAAAAUCUAUUUUUCUAAGUGUGAAAAAAUUUAAGAUGCUCUACUGGUCCUAUGAAUUUUUAUUUCAAUGUGUUAAUUAUCUCUAUAUAGACCCCUCACAGGUUUCUGGAAAUCUCAGUCUGGUUCAACCCGACGUGAAGACUCCUGAUACCUAUUUUUUAUGCCCAACAUCUUGUAAAUACUGAAAACAGAAAAUGGCUGAACUAUAUCACGAAAGCCUAACCAGUGAUUGAACAUGGUCAGUUUUAAAGCUCUGAAUAGUAGUUGUGUCUGAAGACUGAUUAAGGCAUUAAGAAGCUUGAUACAUAAGAUCAUAUUCACAUCAAUGGAUUCUCCUAAAUUAAGCCCAAAUUUAGAAUAUGCUAAUAUUAAAUGUCUAUUCAUGUGUAUUAUAAAGAGCCAUUCAAUAAAUUAAAUUCCCCUGAACCACCACUCCCACUCACCCCCUCCACCUUUGAGCCUGUUGCAGUUUCAAUUUUCCUUCUGAGCCAAAGCUUCCCAGCUUUUGGGUAAGGAGAAAUUCCAUUUCUAUUACAGUACAUGUAGAAACACUAAUUACAACCUUAGGUAAAUGAUAUAGGACAAAAAUGCCUCUGCUGAAUUCCUCCGAGUAGCCAGCCUUAAUGUCUGGUCAGUUUCGCGACUAAAACUCACAUUGAUUUUAAUUAAGUUCUCCCGCCACCCACCUUGUUUAUUCCAGCCAUCAGCUAAGGGAAGAUGAAUAACCAUGACAGGUUAUGAAGAUUUUGACACAGAUAAUUACUUUCGUGUGUAGUAUUUUAAGCUCCUGAAUUGGUCACCUGAGGCUCUGGCCCCUUCAGUCCUGUUUUUGUACAGAAAUAUGUGACAAGAGUGCGCCAUACCUGCUAGCCACCUUAUUUCCCUCCCUCGUUGCAAUGCUUUUUGAUGGUGGUUCAUUUUAAAAAUUUGUUGGAUAACUUGGUCUAGAGUUAACCUUAGCUUGCCCAUAAACCAGAGCAGCUAAAAGGUAACAUUGAACUCUUAAAUGUGUUUCCAGGCAGUGUUUAUUAAAUGGCAAAAAAUAUCUGACUUCAGCAUGUAACUGACUUGUAAAAUGGCUGAACCAAACCAUUUAGGCCCCAUUUCCCAUUUACGUUCUUUGUAGUGGAAUUAUGAAUGUCAUUUAUAGUGAUACUAGAAGUCUAAAUUUCUAGAAAUACAACUUAAGAUGCUUUACUUCUUUGUAGAAGAAAUUUAAGUAGCACUGGAAUGAACAAAUGCCUUAAAUUCAGAGGAGUCCACUUUUUAGAAUGAAGCAGAAUGGUCAUUUCGCCCCAGCCUAACUUUGUGAGAGCUCUGUGUUCUCCUGUGCACUUUCCUCUUCCAAUGUUUCAAGUUCUUAGGAACUGGCACAGCAAAGUGCAACUUAUAGAUGGUUUAAUAACUGGUUAAUUCUUUCUUCCCCCAGUGGAAAAGCAAUGACCACAAAAACAACUGCUCGUUUAGAUGCUCUUAAACAUGGACUUUUUUUUUUACACAUUGUUAUCCCUCAGAUAUAUAACAAGUCGAUGAACUUUUUUUUUCAGUUAAUUUGGUCAUGAGAAUGUUUGAGUCUUUAUCUCUUUUGCAUUAAUUUGAUCUGUUCUAACCAACUUCUAGCUUAUUUUUUUAAAAAACUGCUGUACAUCAAGUCCUUAAGAUCAGUGAUCCAUUGGUUAUAUAAUUCUAAAACAUCUGACACUUUUGCCUUAACUAUUUAAAAAAUCACACUGUAUUGACUCAGUAGUCAAAAGUUUAGUCCUGUUUUGCAGUUUACCCAUCAGAGUUCUGUAAUUAGUCAUUUAAAAUAUACUAUUUAAAUCUAAUUUUUACAUUUUAAAAAUUUUCUGUGGUUCUGAAAAUGUUAUUUUUCAGAAUGUGAGAUAUAUGUACAGUUGUGAUAAUCUUGUGAGUUCAAGUCUGUUUUCUGAUACCUUCUGUAUAUAGCAUUGUAAAAAAAAAAAUUUUGUAUAAUUUUGUGAUAAUGCAGCCCCAAAAUAUUUAUUUAAAAAGUGUAUGUUAAUAGUAAAUGAAAGCAUUUUAAGGAACUGUCCAUCUUUUUUGCAUUUGUCAUUCCGUUUUUACCCAACCCAUCCUAUCCCAGAUGGCAAGAACCAUCCACUGAAGCAGCACCCAACCCAAGACACCUGUAUGAUCGUGCUUUCAAACUAAGUUCACU